GGAUGGGGGCGGCCCAGGGAGAGCUGGAGCAGGGGGGUCUCUCCGCGUCCCGCCGGCGGAGCCUCGGCCGCCCGCUGCGCCGCUGGCUCCUCUUGCUGCUCCUGGCGGCCGGGGCGGUCUUGGGGCUCUACCUGCUCUGGCGGGAGGCGGCGGCGGGAGGAUCCAGCUGGGGGGCGAAGGAAGAAGCGCAGCAGCAGCAGCAGGUCGGGUCCUCCCGGCUGAACCACAAACCCCGGAGCCUGUCCAGCAGUCAGCUGAAACGCCUGGCCUCCCUGGUGGACCUCCAGCGCCUUUGGCAUAGCUACCUGCAGCCCAUACUGAUUGAGAGGUACCCGGGCAGCAGCGGGAGCAAACAAGUGCGGCAGUUCAUCACAGAACGCCUGAAAGGGCUAGGCGCUUCCUGGCAGGUAGAGCUGGACUCCUUCGAGGACCGGACCCCGCGUGGCACCGUGAGCUUCGCCAACGUGGUGGCCACUCUGGACCCCACUGCCUCCCGGCGCCUGGUGCUGGCCUGCCACUACGACUCCAAGUAUAUCCCGCACGACAGGCGUGGCCGGGCUUUCCUGGGGGCCACGGACUCAGCUGUGCCCUGCGCGAUUCUGCUGGAGCUGGUGACCGCCCUGGACCAGGAGCUGCUACGGUCCAAAGAACAGGGUUCCGAGGUGUCUCUGCAGCUGCUGUUCCUUGAUGGGGAAGAGGCCUUCGAGGAGUGGAGUGACACGGACUCCUUGUACGGGGCACGGCAUCUGGCAGAACGCAUGGCCAAGACCGCGCUCCGCCCAGGCGUCACUCAGCUGCAGGCGAUGGAUCUGUUUGUUCUGCUGGACCUUCUUGGGGCAGACCAUCUGAACAUCCAGAACCAUUUUUUGAACACUGCCAGUUGGUUCGAAAGACUGGUUGGCAUUGAAAGACGGCUACACCGGCUGAGUCUCCUGGCCUCCCACUCCCAAGAGCAGCUGUAUUUCAGCCGGCAUCCCAUCUACGGCCCCGUCCAAGAUGACCACAUCCCCUUCCUCCAGAGAGGGGUCCCGGUCCUUCAUCUCAUCGCCACCCCUUUCCCCGUGUUCUGGCACACCAUGGAGGACACGGAGGCAAAGUUGCACCGACCCACGGUGGAGAACUUGUGUAAGAUCUUGGCGGCUUUUGUGGCAGAAUACCUGUGGCUGUAAGGGGGUCUGUUGCACCAGGCGUGGAAAUCCUCUUCGGUUUACCCUCCGUCCAGUGGCACGUGGAGCGGCCACAGAAUAUACCUGCUUUGGGAGAAGACUUCGAGCCACUAGAUUUAGAGUCCAGGAGCACCUUAAAGACUAAUAAUAUUCUCCAGGUACGCGUCUUCAGGAAUCAAACCUCUCUUCAUCAGAUAACUGAGACUUGCACUUGUGGCCCUUACGGAAACUUUGUCAUGCGACUCAAGAGGAGCAUAGCGCAGGGAGAGGCAGCGUGCGGCCACGGCCUCCUGUUUG